CGCCACGGUCGGUGUAUGAGCCAAGACACGACAACUCCAACUAAACGGACAAACACAGAUCGUAGUGAGCGUGAGGUUUAUGCGCAGGUAAAAGCGGCAGCUAUUUCUAGUUAUGUUACAAGUCUAAACUGAUUGUUGUCUGACGUGCAAAGGAUUUGCAGCUAUCCUAAAGAAAACAUUACAGGAAUAAUAACGGCAGUAUCAAGAUUAGAAAUCACUGAUGCGAUUCAAUAUCAUGCAACGGCUGGUUUAAUUACUGCUUGACCUUUCCCAAGAGCCGUAUCACAAACACCGACUUUACAUCAUAGUACAACAGUGCUUUCGUAGCUGUUGAACAAAUCAAGUGGAUGUGUGGGGGUCUGAAGUCGAUGUUUGCUACACGCAGCGGGGACUUUUCAGAACUGAGCGUAAUUCCGCCCGACCCGUGGCUUGAUAUAUGUGCUCUCAAAUAAUUUCAACUAGAACCCAAAGGAGUUUGAAGUUUUUUUUUUAUGACAGAAUGAACUGGCACAAGCCAUCGCUGUUGAUUGUGUGUAUUUUGAUCUUGACAAAUGCUGGAUUCACUGCAAAAAAGGAAUUGUAUAUUGGCGGAUUUUUCCCACUGAGUGGCGUCCCCGUUGCUUCAUCUGGCAGAGACAUCUUACCUGCGUGCAAGAUGGCACUUGAAAUGCUCAACAACCGCUCAGAUAUCCUACCGGACUACAGACUCAAUCUUCUCGCACGGGAUACAAAGUGUGACGUGGGGCACGGAAUAAAGGUCUUGUACGAGUACCUGAGCCGCAGCACCCCGGUGAUAACGCUCCUGGGCCCGGCCUGCUCCGCCGUGACUAAAGUUGUGGCCGAGGUGGCCUGGCACUGGAGCCUGUUACAGGUGUCGUAUGCGUCAACAGCGUCUGACUUGUCGAACAAGGAAAAGUACCCGCUAUUGUAUCGUACUGUGCAGCCCGACUCAGCUUUUAACUCGGCGCGUGUCAGUGUUCUCGAGUUCUACGGAUGGCGGAGGGUGGGCACGCUACGGCAAGACGACUUUGUAUUCUCCUCGGUUAUGUCGGAGCUUCAUCAAAGUCUCGAAGAUCACAACAUAUCUGUGGUAUCUCCAGAAACAUUCUCCAAGGAGCCGCGCCGUCAUCUGGAAGCCAUCAAGGAUCAAGACGCGCGGAUCAUUAUAGGAAUGUUCUACGAGGACGCGGCCCGUCGCGUGUUCUGCGAGGCAUACAAGCUGGGUAUGUAUGGAUCCCAGUACGUAUGGAUACUUCUAGAUUGGGCAGAUAACCAACAAUGGUGGCUCACGCCAGACGACGACGUAGAUUGUACCGCUGACCAGAUGGCAAGCGCCGUUACUGGCUAUUUUUCGAUUGAUAGCGUCAACCUGGAGAGAACUGAUAAGCCAGGAAUAUCAGGACUGACCAGCAAGGAAUUCCUGAAAGAGUUCAGUCGAUACCACCCAAAUGGCACCGCGAACCUUUACGUGCCUUACGCAUUCGACUCGAUGUGGAUGAUCGCGCUUGCGCUUAACAACACCGCUGGACAAUUACACAGACAAAACAAGAGCCUAGACCAAUUCCGCUAUGGCGACCAUGAAAUGGCGAGACUUCUUCAGCGGUCUACUGAGAGUUUGGUAUUCAGGGGAGUUACGGGGAUGAUAGAGUUUAGCAAAAAAGGAGAAAGAAAACAGCCAGUGUGGAUCAACCAGCUGCAAGAAUGGCGCCCAGUACACGUGGGUCUCUACGAUCCAGUCAAUAACAAGAUUAUGCAGAACACAACGCUGCCUAUCUGGCAAGGUGACGGUCCCCCGUCAGACGGCCUUGUACAUUACUUGUCCAGAGUGGAACACGUCACCUUAUCGUUGCUAUGGGUUACCAUCGUCCUUGGAAUGAUUGGCAUUCUUCUAGCGUCGGGGUUUCUAUGUUUCAAUGUUAGAUAUCGAAAUCACAGCUACAUCAAGUUAUCCAGCCCAAAUCUGAAUAACGUCAUUAUCGUCGGAGCGAUUCUAAUCUACAUGUCAAUCAUACUGGUUGCCAUGGAUGGGCGAACAGUAAGCCCCGCCUCUCUGACACAUAUAUGCACGGCGACGAGCUACCUCCUUGGUAUCGGGUAUAGUCUGGCUGUUGGCGCCAUGUUCUCAAAGACUUGGCGUGUCCACCAAAUCUUCAACAAAGUAAAACCCAAGAAAAAGGUUUUUCAAGACAGUGAGCUCAUUGGUCUAGUUGUAUUGAUGAUUGCUGUGGACUUGGUUGUGUUCAGUCUCUGGGCCGGUGUAGACCCACUGACGUAUAGACUACAACAGUCAGGCGAGGCCAUCCGAGAAGGUGACGUCAUGGUCACGCCAUUCUACGAGUCGUGUCACUCAAAACACUCCACCACAUGGCUAUACAUUAUUAUGGGAUACAAGGGGCUUAUCCUAUUGGUGGGCUGCUUCAUCUCCUGGGAAACGCGUAAGGUGAAGGUCAGGGCUUUGAAUGACUCUCGCUUUGUGGGGAUGAGUGUGUAUAACAUCGUGCUGGCUGUGGUCAUCGGUGGACCGUUAACACUGCUGAUAGGCGGAGACAGGGACUCUUUCGUCGCACUCUAUUCCUUUUUUGUCUUCUUCCCGACGAGCAUCUCGCUUUGCCUUCUAUUUGUACCAAAGAUACGAAAAGUCCGCAAACACGCCGAAGAAUUUCUGCGGUUCCAGUCCCUCUCGGCCAUGCGCAUGAGCAGUGAGUACAGAGACAACAGCUACUCGUCCUCGUCCACUGAUCACGUGACUAUACUGAGAUUGCAGACAGAGCUAGCGCAGGUGAAACGUGAACUGGAGCAUCAUAAAGCUACGACAAAGACGAGCGAGGACCCUCUACCAGUCAAUAGGAAGUUAAGUUUUGAUCAAGAUGUUAGAACUGACCACCGCACAACUAGUGACGAAAACACAUCACGACCAACGCGCUCCGAGACAUGCCAAGAUCUGUCCCAAUUUCAGUCCACCCCGAUGGGGGUGCAGCGUCGCUGUAAUACAUUCUCAGUUCCAGACCACAAUGUGACCGGGUCGGACGAUGGAUCGGCUACGUUGGUUAACCUGAAACUAGAGAAUGCCGGACUGAGACGUGAACUCAAGGAAUCGAAGAUCAGCGAAGCCGGGAAAAUGUGUAAAAUUUUGUACCAGAACGCCGAACUUAACAGGAAACUUGAAGAGCUAAGUCUCAAGCAGCGUGCAGGGAGCACCGACGAGGAAGAAGUUGUAUCGAGACUAAUGCGCGAGAAUACAGAGCUCAAGCGACAACUCGGUGAGGUCAGCAUCCUGAACUCCGUCUGGUGUGACGUGACCCCGAGGCUGUCACGCAAGGCCCGUCACGAUAGCAACACUGGCCGUGACGACAUCAAGGAGCUAAACAAGCUGCUGACCGUUGACCUUGGAGGCGCAGGUCGUUCCUGUUCCUUCACACGUCUCAACCGUCUGUCACCUAUUGGUAAAUCCCAGUCCUCCCUCGAUCAGCUUGAACCUAAAGAUUCAUUAGCGAGGCCUGAGCAUGAGAAGGGUGAAGUCGAGGUAACGAUAAUGAUUGACGAUACAACGAGCCUUAUCGAUACUCAAGGGUCGGAUUCUAUGAAAGAAUACACUAAAAACGGACAUGGCGAUGGUAAAUCUGGAACUACUUCGAAUGAAAAUAUAUCCGCAAGCGUCAACGGUGGAUUUAUUUUUGAUGAAGGUCCAUCUGUGACAUCGGACGGUAAAAAGAAAGUUUCAAGAACAGUUAACGAUCAUAGCGAAAAUACUGAUCAUAAUGAUCGUAGCGAUCGUGGUGAUCGUAAUAUUCGUAGCGAUCAGGACGAGUUGAAGAAUUUUGAUGAGUUACUUUGCGAGAAAACCAGGCUUGCAACGCAACGCCUCCUAAAGAAGCCGUCAAAUAAUGAUGUUACGUCACAUGGUAUUCCACCAAUCAGAAGGGGACAGAUUGAAAGCACGGCUAGUGACUCUGGAAUGGAAUCAGCCCCAGUCUCUCCCCAACACCCGUUUGUGUUGGCUUAUAAUGAGCGCAUGCCUUCGACUACUGAAGCCGCUGACCAGACAUUUAGUAAACGCAGGAAAAAGUCAAAACAAGAUAGAAAAACACACAUCGAGAAAGUCGAGAAAACAUUUUUUGUAUAAAACCUUAUUUUAUAUAUUUUUAAAAAAAUAUUGUAUUUUUGCAUGCGUAUUUAAAACUAUGUAUCUUACAAAUUAUCAUAAAACCUGAAGGGCCUAAAGCAUAGCCAUGCCAAACAGGCUAGUAGCAAAAUAAAAAAAAAAUCACGUCUUUUACACAUUUCAAGCUUUGUAGACGAAACGCGCACUGUACUUUACCUGUGAGCCUGCCUUGAUUAUUCCAAGACUCUAGAAUGACUUCUUCGGUUUGAUUUGUGUAUGAUUCUCAGUCUGAGACUCCGAAUUGAACACAAGAGAACUUUUAAACCAUUUGGGUCUGUCAAGUUGUCAUGGCCGCCAUUGUUGUUUUAAACAGCAUUAUCCAAAAAUCGCAGCAAAUUUGUACAAAAUAAUAAUACAGAGUAUUGAUCUGCCGACAAAACAAAACAUUCAAUUACUUUUCAACACCACGCAGCUCUUGCAAUACAUCAUGCAAUACAUCUCAGCACCGCAUGUAACAUGGUGAACAGACAGCGCAACGUUGCCCUUCAGGUCCUCUUAAUGUUAGUUUGUCUAGCACAAGACACCAGAGGUCGUUAUUCUCACCCAUCUCCAUCAUGUCGUCUAUGCUAGCUUGGCGGAAAUCUACCACCCAACUAAAUGUACGGAUAACAGCUCUUCGGUGAUACCACCAUGUCAUCUAGUAGCUUGGUGCUGGGCGAUCUAUCGUGUUUCCAUCUUGUCGUCUGCUAGCUAGUUAGUUAGUUAGUCAGUUAGUUAGUUAGUUAAUUAGUUAGUUUGCUGAUUAGUUAGUCAGUUGUUAGUUUAGUCUAAGUUACUAAGUUUUUAAUAAUUUAUAUAAAAUAUUGUUACCUUAAUUUUUAUAUUGUAAAGCGCCACUGGAUUCAUAGUAGAAGUGGCGCUAUAAAAAUCGAUUAUUAUUAUUAUUACAUCAUAGAAAGUCA